GCCUUUUUAACAGGUAACCUUCAAGUUAAAGGUUAUAAGUUGGUGAUGUGGCAAUGACUUGGCUGCGACGUGUCAUGUUUUGUAGAUGUGGCAUCCAUUAACUAUUUACUGUAAUAACAACUUCGAAAUCAACUCUAAUUUCUGCGUAUUUCAAAUCAAAUCCCUAUCAAAGUUUGAAGAAACCUAAAUCCCAAAUCCCUAUCGCGACUUGAAGAAUCUCAUUCCCAAAUCCAUAAUCUCAAACCCAUCCCUAAUCUCUAGCUUAAGCCCUAAGCCCUAAUCUGUAAUUGUAGUUCGAAACCCUAAAUCCCUAAACCGAAAAGACUGGAAAGAAGACUGGAAAGAAGGCUCAAACCUCAAACCGAGUAAGGAUGACUAAUAGGGUGGAUUUAAUAAUUCAUCAUGGUGGUAAUUUUGUCAAAUCCCCUGCGUUAAAAUAUUUGAAUGGUGAAACAGAGGUACUGGAUGUGGACCCUGACUUAAUAUGUUAUCCCCACUUAAUGAAAUAUAUAUCAGCCCAAAGAUAUGGGAAAAUAGUUUCACUUACCUAUAAGUUGACCUCUGAACCCUUUACAGCUUUAAAACUCUUACAUAAUGAUGCUAGUAGUCUACAUUUAGCUAAGAUUGCUCGUGAAAAUCAAAAGUGUGAGAUAUAUGUUGAGCAUGGGGUAGAUGAGCCUGAGGUGGUUGGUUUAUGUUUGCCUGGGCCUAAGGAUGAUGGGAAUGAAGCUGGAUUAGUGGGUGAGGAAGAGGUGGCAGAAGCUGAUAUAUUGGGUGAGAGAUUAGGGGUAGAAGAUGAAGUAUUGGGUGAGGAAGGGGGGGCAGAAACUUCAGAAGAUGAGCAUGGUGGCAGUGAGGGUGAGGAAGAAGGGAGUGAAGUAGAUGCUGAUUAUAGUGGCAGUGAGCAUAUAAGUAGUGACAGUGAAGGUGAGGAGACUACAAAUAGGACUAAGAGGAAAAGGAAAAUAGGAGUACAAGCUGAACCUAUACCACAAUCUGUGCCCACAUCUGAAAAUCCUUUAGUAGAUGAGGCAGAUUCUGUGUACUAUGAUUCACAAAAUCCACCAACUGUUGAAGAAGACUUGGAGAAUGAGGAUGGGAAUGAGGUUCAAUCAAGGUACAAUGAUAAGUACCCUAAAUAUAACUCUAAAUCUGAUCCACCCUUUCUUGAAUUAGGCAUGUAUUUUGAUGAUAAUGUGCAGUUCAAACUUGCCAUGAUAAGUUAUGCUAUACACACCAAGAGGGAUUUAUUUUGGAAGAAGAAUGGUUUAAAGUAUGUUAGAGUGGAAUGUCUUGGAAAGGGGUGUGGAUUUCAUGUGAGUGCAGGGUGGGAGGAAAGAACAAAGUGUUUUCAAUUGAAAGCUAUUCAUUUAGAUCAUAAAUGCAACAGUCAAUUCACCUUAGGCAUUGUUAGUAAAAAAUGGUUAGAAUGGAAAUAUGAAGACAAGGUUAGGCAGAAUCCAACUAUUGGGUAUUCUGAGUUGAGCAAAGAUAUAAAGUCUGAGUUGAACCUCAAUGUCACUGUUAGUAUGUGCAGAAGGGCAAUUACUGGGAUUCUGAAGAAGCUUGACAUAGGGUAUGAGAGCCAGUUCAAAAGGAUUAGGGAUUAUGCACAAGAAUGCUUGAAUUCUAACCCAGGCUCUACUGUGAAGAUUCACACAACUAGCACUGUUCCUAAUUCACCCUUGGUAUUUCAGAGGAUAUAUGUGUGUUUUAAUGCAAUGAAGAAGGGUUUUCUAGGGGUUGUAGGAAGUUUAUUGGUCUAG